AGCUCUCAGCAACUCGCGGGACCCCGAGCACUCCACACGUGUUAGUGGAACCACUGAGAAUAGAACUAUUUUAUGAUAUAUGAAAAAAAGUUCAUUUCAGCAAAAAGAACUGCUAUCGCGUUCUCUAAAAGUUUAUCUAACGAAAAAGUGAACGAAAAAAUAGGAUAGAGAGAAAAAAGGAGGGACUGUGCGUUAAGAGGGUAAUUUUUUUAACCUGGAGAAAUGACAUACGACAGCGCCUUGAGACAAGUUGGGGAGUUCGGGAGGUACCAAAAGAGGAUCUACCUGCUCCUAUGUCUCCCCAUCGCCACGUGCGGCAUGCAAGUCAUGGUGACGGUGUUCAUCCUUGGAGUUCCCCGGCACAGGUGCGCUAUCUGGGACAACGACACUUAUGCCGUGCAGGGCCCCGCCCACCUGUCCCUCAUCAACCUCAGCAUUCCCACUGCCCCCGACCCCCUUACCUACUCACAGUGCGAUCUGUACAGUUACCAUAGCGACAACGAGUCGGACCCGGUCGAUUCCAGUUUUGUCCGGAAGUGUUCUAGAUGGGUCUACGACCAGUCCGAUUUCCUCAGUACAUUUGUGACAGAGGAGGACCUAGUGUGUCAUAAGAAGUCCUACGUCACACACACUGUGAUGUCAUUUAUGGCGGGAUUUAUGGUCGGAGCCUUCGUUGCUGGCGUUGUUGCAGAUACGUUGGGGCGUAAGAAGGGCCUCCUGAUGAGUCUGGCCUUACACAUCGUCCCCAACAUUGCCGUGUCCUUCGUCGGUGACCUUUUGACCUUCAUGUGUUUACGGUUUUUGUCGGGAGCGUCGGUAGGCGGCCUGCUGGCUGUGACGUUUACAAUGAUUAUGGAGCUGGUUGGCCCUUCCUACCGGAUGAUCACGGGGAUAGCCAUAGAGCUGUUUUGGGCUUUUGGCGCAAUCGUUCUGGCUUUACUGGCUUAUCUGAUCAGGGACUGGAGAUACCUCAACCUGGCGGUGUCUGUACCCGCCCUACUGUUUAUACCCUACAUCUGCCUUAUUCCAGAAUCCUCUAGAUGGUUGCUAAGCAGAGGUCGGGAACAGGAAGCGGAAGACAUAUUACGUCACGCAGCUAAGGUUAAUAACAAGGAACUACCUGAAAAACUCUUUGACUACGAGGAUUCGUUCGAAAAUGACCGAUGUGUUCCGAUUUGGAAACUCUGUGUAACACCGACGCUUCUGCUUAGAUCUACCGUCAUAUUUUUUAAUUGGAUGGUUGUCAGCAUGUUGUUCUUUGGGUUGGCGCUAAAUGUGGGAAAUCUUGGAGGAGACAUUUACAUGAACUUCUUCUUGUCCAGUCUGGCGGAAGUUGUCGGCUACUCUACUCCAUUGCUGGCGCUAAAGUGUUUGGGCCGGAAGCCAGUAUACGUUGGGUCCCUUUUACUAGGUGGCGCUGCCUGCAUUCUGACGAUAUUUCCGGUUCUUUAUGGUGAUACUAGUGUCCACUGGACGGUGGUGGGUCUGUCCGUCCUGGGUAAGAUUGGCGCCUCCACGGCCUUCGCCACCAUCUACCUGUUCUCUGCCGAACUUUUCCCCACCGUGGUCAGGAACUCAGCAAUGGGAGUCAGCUCCCUCAGUGCCAGGAUUGGUGGGAUGAUCUCCCCUUAUAUAGCCAUCAUUAACGAGGUUGUGGGCGGGGAUUUAGGCGUGGCAAUGCCGCUAGUUGUGUUCGGUCUGUUUGCUUUUGUGGCUGGUCUGUUGGCUCUGACACUUCCAGAAACAAAAGGGCGUCAUUUACCGGAAUCUAUCAAAGACUCCAUUAAAUACACAGAUCAAACUUUGAUAGUGAGAGGAAAUGACAUCAUUGAUGCGUCAUAUCCGUUGACUUCACCAAAAGAGGGCGUGGCAGUUCAAGAUGAGAAGUGAAGGCCAAGGUCAACGAAUCUCCAACGAUAUCAUACAGGCGUUUUGCAUGUAUUUGGCAUUAUCCUUUUCUCGAUAUAUAGGCAAUUUUAAUAGGUUGUAGACAGUUUUGAUGUGUCCUAUGUUAGAGUAGCUAAGUUUUUAUUUCUAAAGAUGAACUUAUUUUCAUUUGUUUGUAUUAUUAAGAUUGACUAUAUUAGUCGUUAUUUUCAGAAUGGUUGGGUUUGGUAGAAUCUAUCCUGUUAUCAUUUUGGUUUUUGUUUUUUGCCAUUUUACUGCCAAACAGAGGGCAUUCCUUCUAUAUUCUUAUUUUCUCCUUUAAUGAUGUUGGUUUCUGUACCUCAGAUGAAAACCACAAAAAAAAAUACUGGAUCUGUGGUCAUAUAACCGAAAAAGUGUGACAUUUUAUUUUAGUCUCUCUAUUACCACUGUCAUUUAUCACGGAAAAGUUUGAGUCUGAGAUCGAAAGUGAGCCUGUCUUGUUUUAUGGCCCAAGGGUCUGACGUUGAAGACCAUCUAAGCUUUUAAAACAUUGAGACCCACCUGUAAGCUAGUGUUGUUAUUUAUAACAGAGGUUCUUUAUAACACUAAAUGAUAACGCGUGGCUCCUGAUUGCUAUUUUAAAUCUUUAUUUUUACGAAUUAUAAAAUCAAAUUUUGUUUUUCAAAAUCUAAGAACGUUUUAGAAGAAUGUGGGUCAUUUAGAAUCUGUGAAUUUUCGUUAUUUUGAACAUUUACAAAACCAUUCACAAAAAGGCAUUGCUAUAUUUUUAAGCUUACAAAUUUGUUUGACCAUAUCAAGGCUAUGGAUUUUGUCUGGAAUUUGUUGCUGUCAGCAUUUUGAAAUACAUGUAUGUUAUGUCAUUUCUGUGAAAUGUGAUAUUAUGUCUAUGUAGGCAAUAUAAUUUGCUGUAUACGCCUACUUUAUCUAAAACAUGUAUGAUGCCAUAAACUUAUCUUUAUGCUACCAAAUAUAAGGUGCUAAGAAGUAUCCUCAGAUAUCUAAAUGGUUUAAAGUUGAUAUACAAACUUACUGGGUAACAAAUGUCAGAUAUUUGACAGUGAAGUGCAUUUGAAAAGACACAUAAAAGUGAAAAAUGUGAAGGCAUUGUAGAUUUUAAACUCUACAAAUACAAAUAACCUUCA